UUCAACGCCAAGUUCACUCGAUCAUACACUCCCUUAAAUUGGGGAGGGGCGACGGCAAAUGGCAAUUGCGGCAGCUUAAUCUCUUAAAACAUCCAUCGAAAGCCGUCUCGAUCACCAAUAUAACAAAAACACAGUGGCCAUGGAAGCAGCGACGUUGCCCAUCCUCGACCACCACAUAAACGUCAAUUCUGGCGGCGGGAAGCGGGUCAACAACUGGUACGAGAAGAAGGGGAAGACCAACAGGAAGCUACACAAGGAAAUAUGGGCUCCUAAGGAUCAUCAGUACUCCGGCGCCAGCACCAAUCGCAGACAUUUCCAGGCCAAUCGCUCGCCGCCGCAACGUGGCGGUUCCCGGUCUGACUGUGACGUGGAACUGGAGGAGAAGCUGAGGAUGGCCAAGGAGGAAGUCAGAGUGCUCAGGGUUAAAAUCCAGUUGCAGCAUCAGGAGAGUACGGAAGCGAUGGAUUUCCAAGAGCUGUUCUUCAAGGAACAAAUCAAGAGCAUUCUGGAAGGAAGAGUUGAUGAUUAUGGUGGUGGAAAGGAAGACAAGAAGAAGAAGGAAGAAGAUGCUGCAGAUUGCAAUUUUGGUACAAGUUCAGUACUUGACACCGAACCUCGGCCCACCAAGCAUCUGAACGAAGAAAUGCAGAGGAUUAUGGGAGAGAUUGAGAAGAUGAGGAAUAACAAAAGGGAGGAGUCGUUUGAAGAAGGCACUGUUGUUUAGUCCCUACGAGACCCGUGGUAGCCAUGAACUUGAACUUGAACUUGAAUGAGGAUAUUGGGAUGUUCUAAUCGCUUCCUUAGGAUAUCGUUAAUUUGUGCUAAUUUUGGAAUUGAUGGGUUUCGGUUAUGAGAGUUUAAGACCGCGUGUAUUUUGGAGAGGUUUAAAAAUAAUAAACUGCAAAAUAUUUGAUAAUGGAGAGUUCUAAAUAGUGUUGCAACAAUAUGGGGUCGUUUGCUUCAUAGAUUUAAAAAUGAGGGUUUUGUAAUUUAAAAACCCAAGGAUUUAUCAAGAAUUUGAGGCAUCAUCGAUUUGUAACAAUCCUUUGUUUGUUGGGAUGUUUUUAUCAUGGAUUUAAAGGUGUGGGAUUUACUACUUGAAUUCAAAAAUUACAUUACUGUCAUUUUCUAUACGUUUGACAUGUUUAUGAUAUGUACACAAAACAAGGACAAAACUUCAAAAUUACCUUACUAUCAUUUUCUAUAUGUUUGACAUGUUUAUGAUAUGUACACAAAAUAAGGACAAUACAUACUAAUAAGCAUAAUGUUGCCACAUGGACAAUAAUAAUAAACGAGAAAAUUCUGUUUUAACUUUUAACGUAACAUAAUCAAUUACCAAUUCUUUGUCCUCCUUUUCAAAAGUGACAUAUAACAACAUAUAUUAGAAUCGGGAGAACAAAGAAUUACACGUUCCAUGAAAAGGUCAAAGAAAACUAGAACACAAGAAAUGAUAUAAAAAAUCUAACUCAUGUUUGCACAUUAAUUGAACGUUUAUAUUAUUCAUUUAUUGUUAAUUAUAAUGUAUAAUAGUUAAAUUUGAGGGCAACCUUGGAAUAUUAAAAGUGCAUGAGGGUAUAUGGGUAAAAUCUCAUCAAGGAUUUAUGCCAUAUUCCAAAUCCCACAUCAACAUGUGGGAUUUAUAAGUCCGUGGGGUCCACGGAUUUGGACCAUUAAAAUUCGUGGGCCCCACGAAUUUGGUCUCCAAAAAAGGUGCAAGCAAACAACGGAUUGUACCUAAAUCCUUGAUAGUUGGUUUUUUGGUACCAAAUCUAUGUACCAAAUCCUUGAAGCAAACGACCCCUAUAUUAGCCACCUAAUAUAUAUGGUGUAACCAAAUAUGGUGUAAAUAUUUCUAGAAAACUAUUAUUAUUUGGCAAAAUACACCUAGAUAGCCAAAACUAUCAGCUUUGUGACAAUAAUAGCCACUUUUUGAAAAAUACACUAAAAUAGCCAUUCCGUCUAUAGCUUUAACGGAAUUAGCAUAGUUGCUGACUAGACUAACGAUUUUUUGCUGAUUUGGCAUCUUUCGUCAAAAACCGUGACAGGUGGAAAAUGAUUUUCUUAUUUAUAAUUACUUGAACAAAAACAAAAAAUAAAUAAAAGAAAAACCAAUUAUUUAUAGUGAAACUCUCUACCGCGGAAAAAAAAAUCCCAAAUCCCUUCGCCUAUCUUCCUCCACCAUCUCCAAUCUCCACUGCCUCAGCGUCCUCACCCGCAAACUAUCCACCGUCGCCGCUACCUUCAUUGCGAUUCUGCAUUCCAGUAGCGGAAGCAAGUGACAACAGUGGUUUUUAUCUCAUCUCCGCCGCACGCCAAGAUAUCCAAGCGUCUGACACAACCCUCAUCUCCGCCGCACGCCGUUUUUACCUCCGACUCUCUGCUGCCUCCCCUCCAUACAAGAGCUGCUCGACUUCAAUUUUCGUCGCCGCUGCUCUCCUAUUUCAGAUCCGCUCAAAAUCACACACAACCACCAAGCUCCCGCCAAUGAAAAGAGGCUAGAUUA